AUGGCAAAAUUUGAGCCACCGAAGUGGGCUGGUAAACCGACUGCUGGUUUCCAUUUAGAUGUAAUGAAAAAUGGUACUUUGGUUGAGAAAUUAAUAAUUGACGAAAAAAGUUAUUACCUCUUUGGGCGUAAUUCCGAAAAUUGCGAUUUUCCUCUUAACCAUGAAUCGUGCUCUCGUGUUCACAGUGCAAUAGUGUUCCAUAAACAGUUAAAACGAUUUUUCAUCAUGGAUCUUGGCAGUACGCACGGGACAUUCCUUGGAUCAGUAAGGUUAGAAGCAAAUAAACCGCAACAGUUACCGGUAGAUAGCACUAUACUGUUUGGUGCUUCUACUCGAUGUUAUGUAAUAAGAGAAAAGCCUCCGACAAGGGUGAUACCUGUUGGUGGCGAUAAUAGUGAAGAUAACGCUGUCAAAAGUCUACUCUCCUUGCCUGAAAACGAUAACGAAUUAGAUGAUCUAACAGAAUAUAAUACAGCACAUAACAAAAGAAUCUCUUCUUUGGUUAUUGAAAAUGAUAAGUCUAACGAUAUAUUAAUGAGCGGUAAACGCAAGCAUAAAGCUCGCUUAAAGGUACAGUUUGGCCAAGAGGAAAUUAUAAAUCCCGAGGAUGUCGAUUCAAGCGUUGGGAGAUUUAGGAAUAUGGUACAAUCAACAGUAGUGCCCUUGAAAAAACAACGAACUGAAAGGAAUACUUUCGAAGGGAUUGCUGGCGCUGACCACUAUAUUAAUCUACCGAUUAACAAACAUGACCAGGACGAUUCAAAUAUGAUGACUGGAGUAGGAACUGGUUCAUAUUCGAUUUUCUCUGGAUUAACGUCAUCUAUUCGACUUAAUCCAGCUCCAGAUGUUGGUCCAGUUAUUCCUGAUGAAGUAGCAUUACCUUCAGUACCAAUUCCAGCUGGUAAUUUGCCGAUGAAUGAAGUUUCUGCUUCCGAAACCUUAUCAACGAAAAAGCAUAAAGUAUAUGCUAAGGAAGCGUGGCCAGGGAAGAUGGGAAGUGGCCCUUUGUUGGUCUCUUAA